GUUGGAGUUCAUCUAUCCCAAAUUAUAAUCCUCAAGAAAUCGUUGAUAAUUUAAAACGAUUAAUCAAUAAUGAAGAAACUGUAAAGAUGCACCCGUGGAACCGUGGGUUCCAGAAUUAUGGAAAAAUCAGUUUUAAUGAUGACUUAAUCCCAAUAACCGAAUUACCAAUUCGUGUAUGGACGCAAAACUAUAAAGAACUACUUGAGAAAUGUAUAUCUGGAACAGAUAAACUGCCAUGGAUCCUCGUACGUAAACUUUUAUAUUUUUCGAUCAAAUUAUCGUCAGAAAGUCUAAAAGAUUCUUUAGAAGAAGGACUUGAAAAACGAUUCAUGAUGAGCUCGCCCAUCGGAACGUCGAACUUGGUGUGUUUUGAUGGCGCGAAGGUCGUAUUCGAAAAUAUGAUUCUCCCGAAGAAAUUCCAAAGGAAUUUUACACAUACAGGCUCGAUUACUAUUAUAAGAGGAAGAGAAAUUACCUACGUACCAGCAUUAUAUAAAGUAAUGGAUGAAAUCUUUGUAAAUGCUGCUGACAAUAAGGUUCGAGACCAAGAAAUUAAU